AUGGCUUCGCGCGGGGGCGCCCGCGCCCGCGGCGCGGCGGAAGGCGGCGCGGCGUGCCCGCGGCGGGCGUGGCUGGCGCUGGGCUCGGGGUCCCUCGGCCUGCUGCGGUGGUCCCGGAGGGCCAGCGCGCAGGGCGGCGAGGCGGCCUCCCCCGCCCCAGCGCUCUGCGUGGCGGGUGCCGUGCCUGGAGGUGGCUGCCCCGGCCGGCCCCGCGCGCGGCGGGGCUCGCUGCCGCCGUCGUUGGCGUCGGCCGGGCAGGCGGCCGGUGGCUCACCGAGCGAGGCGGCCUCGGGGCCCGCCGCCGGUGCGCGGCAGGGGUUCGGCCGCCAGACGGCGCCCGAGCUGAGGCAGCUGCUGCGGGACUUCGGGCUGCCCGCGGCGGGCUUCAAGGCCGACUUGCUGGCACGCCUGGAGGAUCAUUUCCUGCAGGCGUGCGCUCGGGGCGACGCGCCGCUGGUGGCGCGGCUGCUUGCCGCGGGGGCCGCGGUCCAUGGGGCGGGCUCGCCGGGGGAUGUGCCUCCCAUCUUCGCGGCGGCCCAGGGCGGUCACGAGGAGGUCGUGCGCGUCCUCGUGGAGGCCGGGGCGGAGCCGGACGCCGGUGUCGAGGGCGGCCCCUCGCCGCUGGGGGCCGCCGCCGAGGGCGGCUUCGACCAGGCGGUCGGGUUCGGUAUCGGCUCGCCGAUCCCCAUCCCCAUCCCCAGAGAUCCGAC